AUGAAUGUCAAUAAGAGACCAUCGAGCAAUUAUGCAAAGACAAUUCAAAAAGAGGUGACAAAUCAGAUGCGUGAGAUUCUUGUGGAUUGGUUAGCGGAGGUUACAGAGGAAUUCAAGUUUGCUUCUGAUGCCUUAUAUCUCACCGUUUCUUGCAUUGAUCGCUUCCUCUCUAUUCGUCCCCUCAAAAGAAAACACCUUCAGCUUCUCGGCGUUUCAUCCAUCUUCAUUGCUUCAAUUUUUAUGGGAGCUGCUGGUCAGACAGAUUUUCAGCAUUCCAACCAGCAAUUGGAAUUCUUGGCUUGUUAUCUUUUGGAGCUCUGCCUAUUAUGCUUGAAAUGCGUCAAGUUCUUGCCUUCCAUAGCGGCAGCAUCUGCUUUAUUUCUAUCGAGGUUUAUAAUUCAACCAAACCACCACCCUUGGAAUCAAGUGUUACAAUGCCAAACAGGAUAUAAGCCACUUGAGCUGCAAGAAUGUGUACUUGCCAUACAUGUUAUGCACUCAACUAUCACAGUGUGCCCUUUACAAGCAGUACGACAAAAGUACUUGAAACCGAAGAAAGCAGGACCAUCAAUUAUAAAACUGGGACUUGAAGAAUUAAAUGAAUGGUUUGUCUUUGAAGGCAUGAAUUCAUGGAUAUGUAGUCAUGAAGAUGAAUAA